AUGCUGCAGCAGAUCCUGCACGACAUGUACAUCGACCCUGAGCUUCUGGCUGAGCUCAGUGAUGUGCAAAAGCACAUCCUCUUCUACAAGAUGAGAGAGGAGCAGCUUCGGCGCUGGAGGGAGCGGGAGGCAUGGGACACCCUGGCCCAGGCAGAAGGCCUCAGGCCUGCGAAGGUCAAGCGAGGUAUGUGGCUUUUUGCAGCAAGCAACAAGCACAUCCAGUGGCUGCUGGGAGCCGAUGGCGAGGUCUGGGUGUGGGUCAUGGGGGAAGGCCCUGGUGACAAGCCCUAUGAAGAGAUCUCUGAGGAGCUGAUUGCAGAGAGAGCACGGCUGCAAGCACAGAGAGAGGCUGAGGAGCUCUGGAGACAGAAAGAAGCAGAGAUCACCAAGAAGUUCCGGGAUGCCUUGGCCAAUGAGAAAGCCCGGAUCCUAGCAGAGAGGUGGAAAGUGGAGAUGGAGGACCGCAAGGCUGCCAAAAUCCUGGAGGAACGUAUACAUGAGGAAUUCAAGAGGAAAGAGGAAGAAGAGAGGAGGCGAGGAGAAGAACAGAUUCGCCUCCAGGAGGAGCAGAGAGCCAAGGAGCUCUAUUGGACCCUGAAGCAGGCCCAGAUGCACUACCAAGCCAGUGAGAGGGAGGAGCGCGAGUGGGAAGAACACUUGCGCAGAAUCAAGGCAGCUGAUGAAGAGAGGAGCCGUCGUGCCCAGCGAGCUCGGGAUGAGUACCGGCGCCACUCACUCCGUGCCAUCCAGAAGGGCACUGUUGCUGGCCUAAGCACCAUGUUCCAAGAACUAGGCCAGAACCAUGAGCAGGAGGCAAGGCUCUACCAUCAACUCCCGUGCACAAGUCCACCAUCAUCCCUCACAGGACCUGACAGCAGGACCUGGGAGCGUCCUCUACGUCCACUCUCCAGAGAAGUCAUCGUGCGCUGGUUCAAGGAGGAACAGCUGCCUCGCCGAGCUGGCUUCGAGAGGAACACCAAGUCCAUUGCUCCCUGGUUUCAUGGAAUUAUUAGCCGAGAGAAUGCAGAAGACCUUUUGGAGAGUAUGACUGAAGGAGCAUUUCUGGUCCGGGUCAGUGAGAAGAUCUGGGGUUACACCCUGUCCUACCGCCUACAGAGGGGCUUCAAGCACUUCCUUGUGGAUGCCUCUGGGGACUUCUACAGUUUUCUGGGAGUGGACCCUAAUCGCCAUGCCACCCUCACAGAUCUCAUUGAUUUCCACAAGGAGGAAAUAAUCACUGUUUCAGGGGGAGAGUUGCUGCAGGAACCCUGCGGACAGAGGGAUAGCCCACCAGACUAUCACCUGUUGUUUGAAUGA